GCUAAGUUAAAAUAGAAUUUGUAGGGGACGAUCAUCUUGCUUAGUUGAAUUGUUCUGGGGAUUGAAUGACUUACAAAGCAAUAAAGAAGGAAAUGCUGGUGAUAAUACCUGAGCAUCACUGCAGUAUUCUUAUGCCAAAGAUACAGUUUGCAGUUUUCAGCCAAGAGCCAAGUGGUAUCUUGAUUAUGUCUGAAGUUCAUGUUCCAGUUUCAUGCAGAUAUAGAGGAUUACUGAUCCAGAGGAGGUGGAUGGCUGGCCUGUUGUCUUUGGGUAUUUAUGUUGAUUGACGAAUCCCAGUAUCCCACCUAUAUGAGCUGCUCAAUUGGGAAGAUCUAAUAGUUUGUUUAGUUCCAGUUGGUGCAUGUGGGAAUCCCUACAAUCUCAGCUAUCCGAAUCAAAGGAUGAAAUGAUUCUUUAUUCCCAAAAUUGUGAUUGUAUGGGGCAUUGAUAUUGAUAUGCCCCACCUCUAUAUGUUUUGGAAUUUGUUAGUAUUGAUCAGCAUCAGUGUUUGCUAGCGUUGUAUGUGAUUUCCAUAACAAAAAGAACCUAUGUCUAAUUAUAAAUGAAACUGCAGGGAUUUGAAUAUGACUCAUAGCAGCUUCCUUUCAUAGAUGUGUCAGCCAGGAAUUGCAGCUUGCAACUGCAUUUUAUGUUGCAGAAUUCGGCUGGAAGGUACAAAAAAGGCUGGUAUCGAAAUGGUAUGGAAAUUGGAAUGGACAAAUAUUUGUCAGUACCUCGGAAGCCCAAGUUUUCUCUCUGAUCUUGCAUCUGAUAGUUCUCCAGCAUAUUCUGAUUUUUUUCAAAAUCAACUUGGGAGUGAUGUUGGCAAGACGGCAGUUUUGGAAAAGGAAGCUAGGCUUUUAGAAUGGAUGAGGUUAGAAUGCUAUAAUCAUGGCUUGUGACUAAUGCUAUGAAGUAUGGCCAAAGAAGAUGCUCUUAGUUUUCCCUCAAGAAGAUAGAUGCUCUGAGUUAAUGCAUCCUUGUAACUACUGCUAUCGGAACACUUAGCUGAAGACGAUGUUCAAGUUCACUAAUAUUUUUUCUGAGCGUGGAGCACACAUCAAAUGUGGAGAAGCUGACAGCCGAUGUAAACUGCAACCUGCAAAUUUGGAUUAUCGCUCAAGUUUAUGUGGGAUGCACUGCUCAAGCUGCAGUAGCUGCCAUUGAGGUCUCAAUACCACCAGAGACUUCAAUAUUUUGGACUGGCAUGGAUAGAAGAUGCUGGGGUAUGAUGAACAACGAAAUUCUGCAACAUCAUUUGAAGAAUUAUUCCGCUUUAUUUACUUUCUUCCCAUUACUUUUGCAAGCGUAUCAAUGCAACUAGCUAAGCUAAGGAAUAGUCACUGUACAUGGUUCAUGUUUUAACCCUUGAGCCACCUCAAAUUGCAACCACGAUUAUUCUGUGUUAUGAUGCCCUUUCUGAUAACUCGGGUUUGCUGAGAAAAUAUGCACGAGUUAACCUGCGGUACUCGUGUUAGCCUUCCAUUUUCAGAGGAUUCCUACGGUGGCACUGCCCUGUGUGGCUGUGUCCAUAGCUUGUCUUGUUGCUCUUUAGAUGAAUUCUUAUGCCCUCUUUUAUAAUUUCAUGGCUAAUCUCGAUUGCAUUUACUCCCCUUGUCCAUUAGAAACAAGCAAGCCACAGUAAUUGCAUUUCAUUUGUUGGAGAUAAAAGUGUGAAAACAAUACCAAGAUAAUCUAGAACUUAGCGGCUUGGGAGCAGGAGCCUCUAGUGGCCGGUUUGUUGGCACCCCGCUCUCUUUCACUGCUUGUUGGCCCCACCAGGCCACAGCACUAUCUUCCCUCGCUCUCGCCUGCCAAAUCGCCAGAGAGAGACUCCAAAUUUCGAAAUCCGGCCUUCCCCCCACCCACGAUUCACCGCCCGAAAAUUUGAAAUCCUUUUCUCCUCCCCGACCUCCGACCUCCGAGCCGCGCCCCCCCCGAUGGCGGAUCCGCAGCCUGUGCUCACGCUCCUGGUGCAGAAGGGCCCCUGCAAGGGUGAGACCCGGCGGGGCCGCGCCGGCGCAGCGCUCCGCGUCGGCCGCGUCGCCAAGGGCAACGACCUCGCCGUGCGCGACGCGGGCGCGUCGCAGAGCCACCUCUCCGUCGAGUUCCUCCAGCCGCCCGCGGCCCGGUGGGCCGUCACCGACCUCGGCUCCUCCAACGGCACCCUCCUCAACGGGGCGCCCCUCGUGCCCACCGUCCCCGCCCCGCUCUCCCACGGAGACCUCAUCAAGAUCGGGGAGAGCACCGUGCUCUCCGUCUCCAUCUCGGCCGAUGAGGGCCCGGGACCGGCCCCCGCCGCUACUAGGCGGUCCGCGCGCAACGCAGCGGUGGCGGCGGCGGAGGAGGAAGAGCAGGGCCCCGCCCCCGCGGUUACGCGCAGGACCGGGCGGAAGAAGGCUGCUGCUGCUGCGGCCCCCGAAGCAGAGAAGGAAGUGAAGGAAGAAGCUGCAGUUCCGACGCGCCGUGGCGGGCGGAAGAAGGCCACGGAUCCCCCAGAUGCCGAGAAGGAAGUGGAGGAGGAAGCUGCAGUUCCGACGCGCCGAGGCGGGCGGAAGAAGGCCACGGAGCCCCCUGAUGCCGAGAAGGAAGUGGAGGAGGAAGCUGCAGUUCCGACGCGCCGGGGCGGGCGGAAGAAGGCAGUGGAGCCCCCUGAAGUGGAGACGGAGGAAGAGGAAGAAGUGGCAGUGCCGCGCCGUGGCGGGCCGAGAAAGGCUGCAGCGACGGCGGCCCUUCCACCACAGCCGCAAAAUACGAGGUCAACGAGAGCUGCUGCUAGGAGAGGUCAAGCGGUGGAGAGUGGAAACGAUGAGGGGAAGGUGGAUGGGACCGGAAGGGGGCAAGUACGGGCUACAAGAGCAAGUGCAAGGAAAGCUGCACAAGCUGUUCCUGAGGAGGAUGAAGAGGAGGGAGAGGUGCCUGUAACCAGAGAUCGGGUUGGGCAUCCUCCAAAGGCGACAGAUGCCAAAGGUGGUGAAGAGGAGGAUACGGUAGAAACCAGAGAUGGAACUUCAAAUACAUCAGAGGAGGUGCCCGUGGCUGGGAGAGGACGCGCUAAGGGUAGCAGAGGAGGCCGAAGAAAGGCUACAAGGGCAAGCGCAAGGAAGGCUGAGGAUGCAAUUAUUGAGGAUGACGAUGAAAAGGAGCAAGAGGAGAGUGGUGUGGCUGAUGUCAGAGAAUGCAGGGGCAGUCCAUGGAGGUUGAUGGCAGCAAAUGAUUGUGAUGAGGAGGAUAAGGUGGCAACUGGGGACAACAAGUUGGAUAGAACCUCAAAGGCAUCCACAGAGGAUGAGAAGAUGGUGGAUGUGGAGGAGGAGGAUGCAUUGGCUCCGAAAGGGUGGACAGGGAGGGCAAUAGAGGGGAGGGUCAAUGCUCAGCAUGCUACUGCCAACAACGAUGGCAUGGAGGAAGGGAAGGGGAAGGAUUCGAGCAGGGGAGGGGAAAAUGAAGUUAAUAACGAAUUGAGGGAAAGAAUGCUGCCAGAAUCAAAGCUGGGGGGUGUUGGAGAAGAGGAAGAGAAUGACAAGAGGGAAGCCCUUGGUGGCAGUGUGGAGGAAGGGCUUGGGGAGGAGCGCACUGGGAGAAGCAGCUUGGAGAAUAUGACAUUGGGGGAGUGGUUUGUUCGGAUCGAGAAAUACCUUCUAGCAAAGAACGAGGAGGCUGCUGAAAAGACGAUAGCUGAAGUGCGAGAGAAACAUCGGUGUUUUUGCGAGCAUCUUAAAACACUCAAUAUGAGUUCCGAUCCUUCUUGAGACUCCAUGGAUCAUCUGGAACUAUUUUGGUCAGUCUAUCGUUGGGUGAUUUGGUGACACCCGGAUAUCACAAUGAAGACAACAUUUUGCUUAAGUGUCACAAACUGUAGGUUUGUGGUUUAACCACCAUUAGCAGGGUGAUGAUUGCACAAGUUGUUUGUCCCAGACUUAGUAGUUGCCUAAUUAGUAGUAUUUGUGAAUGUGAUGAGAACGCAUUACUAGUAUAUAUAUAAAGCUCCAGAGUUUAAUUUCCAUGUAAUUCAGCGUUGAAUCCAGUAGGGUUGCUUCUGUAAGCCUGUUCCUCUAUGAUAGUUAACUGUAAUAUAUCCUGUUAUUUUGUAUCUCUGGACAAUAUUGCAUCAACAUGAGUCUGAAAAGCAACUGGAGGUAGUCAUGAUUACUCUGGGUUC